AUGUCUGGACGUGGUAAAGGAGGAAAAGGACUUGGAAAAGGAGGCGCAAAACGUCAUCGCAAAAUUCUUCGAGAUAACAUUCAAGGUAUCACUAAACCUGCUAUCAGACGUCUCGCACGCAGAGGUGGAGUAAAACGUAUUUCUGGUCUUAUCUAUGAAGAAACACGUGGAGUCCUCAAAGUUUUCCUUGAAAAUGUAAUUCGAGAUGCUGUAACCUACACAGAACAUGCUAAGCGUAAGACUGUAACGUCUCUAGAUUCUAUGCACUCAAGCGACAAGGACGUACUCUUUACGGUUUUGGAGUCUUCAACUUGUGAAGUGGAUCCGAAAGUAUUAGAAAAACUUCGAAAAUUUAGGUUUUCAAAAAAUUCGAAAGGAAGUGCCGCUUUUGUUUUGAAAAUCGAUAGAGAAAAUUUAUUAGUGAUUGAAGACGAACUAUAUGACAAUAUAACCUUGGAAGAACUUGUUGAAGAAUUGCCCGAAAACUCUCCAAGGUACAUUGUACUAAGUUACGAAUUAUUACAUAACGAUGGACGUAAAUCGUAUCCUUUAGUUUUGAUUUAUUAUUCUCCAGCAGCUACAAAACCCGAGAUACACAUGCUGUAUGCAACAGCAAAAACCUACUUUCAACAAAAGGCAGAAUUAAAUAAGGUAUUUGAUAUUCGAGAAAUUGAAACGUUAACGGACGAGUGGUUACAAGUGAGUUGA